CUGCUGAUUGCUCUGUUUGGCUCUGUUCGUUUUCGCUGACCACGGUCACUGACUGACUAGCUUUGGACUAGCUAUGACAAACUAUCAAAAUAAUCAUCUGUGUUGGAAAAUUAGAGUUACUCUUUGUCUUUGCUCUUUUGUUAUUUUAACAAAUUGCUGUGUUGAGUGAAUACGCACUGUUUUAUUUAUUAUUUUUGUAUACAUAUAACAAUGUGAUACGUAUUGAAAUACAAGUGCAUAAUUAUAUUACCGUCAUAAAUUGAACUGUACUCAAAAAUAAAAUUUUAUUUCCAUUUUAUAGGAAUCUUUACACUUUCAUCAUAUUGAAUCAUGUUUUAAAUUCGUUUGUAAAUUUAUAAUUAAAAUCUUUUUAAAAUGAACUCUUCACAAUUAAUCGAAGAGACAGUCAGUGUAACAACCUCGGAUACAGCGCAACUAGUUAGCAAUGAGGAACCAGAAGCAAGCUCAUCUAAUUUUACACAGUUCAAUAGAUCUUCCGACCUACUAGAUUCAACAGAAGAUGACAUACAUGGAAGUCACGGGAUUAGAAGAAGGCAACCGGUACAGAAAAUUGACCCUGGUUCUCUAAAUAUUCUUUCAGCAAAGUAUGAGAGCUUAGAUUAUGAUACUUGCGAAAAUCACUUAUUAUUAGACGAAGAAAGAAAAAGAGGCUAUCCGUUUAUUGUGUGGAAGGAUAUAGCAAGAUGGAUAAUUGUUUUACUAAUUGGUGUAGUGACUGCACUUAUUGCUUUCACCAUAGACAUAUGUAUAGAAGAAUUCUCUAAAAUUAAAUAUGUACAAUUGAAAAAAUCUGUUGACAAAUAUGUCCUUUUGGAUAAACUUUACAUUCCAUACUUGCUUUGGGUAUUGACAAAUAUUUGUAUUGUCUUUAUUGGAUCAAUGUUAGUGGCAUAUGUUGAGCCUGUCGCCGCCGGCAGUGGUAUUCCACAAGUAAAGUGCUACUUGAAUGGUGUAAAAGUGCCUAGAGUAGUGAGGAUCAAAACACUUUUUGUGAAGGCUGUUGGUGUGAUAUCAGCAGUUGUUGGAGGAUUGGCUGGAGGAAAAGAAGGACCUAUGAUACACAGCGGAGCUGUAGUGGCAGCGGGUAUAUCACAAGGCAAAAGUACCACUUUCAACAAAGACUUCAAAAUAUUACAGUACUUUCGAGAGGACCAUGAAAAGCGAGAUUUUGUUUCGGGAGGAGCAGCCGCUGGUGUAUCUGCUGCUUUUGGAGCACCUAUCGGAGGAGUAUUAUUUUCACUUGAAGAAGGUACAAGUUUCUGGAAUCAAGCAUUGACAUGGCGUACCUUUUUCGGUACUGUAGUGUCUACUUUUACACUCAAUUUUGCCUUGUCCGCUUAUCAUGGCCAUCCAGGAGAAUUGAGUUAUCCAGGGCUAUUAAAUCUCGGAAAAAUGGAGCCAUUUCCAUUCCAGUUCUAUGAAUUACCAGUUUUUAUGCUCUUUGGAGUAGUUGGAGGCGCCUUAGGGGCUCUAUGGAACCAUAUUAAUUACAAAUUAUCUGUGUUUCGUAUAAGGUACGUGAGCGCAGCCUGGCUGCGAGUGGUGGAGGCGUGCCUGGUGGCGGCCGUCAGCGCCACGUGCGGCUUCCUCAUGAUGUUCCUGCUCGACGACUGCCGCCCGCUCGGCGAGGACCCCACCAAGGUUCCGCUGCAGCUCUUCUGCGCGGACGGCGAGUACAACACCCUGGCUGCGAUUUGGUUUCAAACGCCCGAGGCAUCGGUGCGUUCCUUCCUCCACGAUCCGAUGGGCUCGUACAAGCCACUGUCGCUGAUGUUCUUCGUGGUGUGCUACUUCUUGCUAUCAACGUGGACUUUUGGCCUCGCAGUCUCCAGCGGCCUAUUCAUACCCAACCUGCUCACCGGCGCUGCGUGGGGAAGGCUGCUGGCUAUUUUCAUACAGUUUAUGCUGCCUCAGAAUACAAUAAACCCGGCGAAGUACGCGCUGGUGGGCGCGGCGGCGCAGCUGGGCGGCGUGGUGCGCAUGACCAUCUCGCUCACCGUCAUCAUCAUCGAGACUACCGGCCAGAUCUCCAACGCGCUGCCCAUCAUCAUCACGCUCGUCGUCGCCAAGUGGACCGGUGACUUCUUUAAUGAGGGCAUCUACGACAUCCACAUCCAGCUGGCCGGCGUGCCGCUGCUGCCGUGGGAGCCGCCGCCGCUGGCACACAACGUGUACGCGUCCGAGGUGAUGUCGCACCCCGUGUUCACGCUACGCACGGUGGAGAAUGUCGGCCACAUCGUCGAGAUCCUGCGCCUGGUCUCCUACAACGGCUUCCCCGUCGUUGACCCGCCGCUCGCCGACGACACGGAAGUGCCGACAUAUAAACGACUUCGUGGACUUAUUUUGAGGUCUCAACUGAUUGUUUUGUUACAAAAUAAGAUUUUCAACGAGAAUGCGAACACGACGUGGUCCAACUUCAAUGUUGAUAUGAAUAUGUUUAGAAAGGAGUACCCACGAUAUCCGUCCAUAGAUGAGCUGAAAAUUUCGGAGUGGGAAAAGACAUAUACAAUAGACCUGCGACCAUUCAUGAAUCCCUCGCCAUACACUCUUCCACACCGGGCCUCACUGCCGCGACUCUUCAGACUGUUCAGAGCUCUUGGGCUGCGACAUCUACCCAUUGUGAACGACCAUAACGAAGUUGUGGGUAUGGUGACAAGGAAAGAUAUAGCAAGGUACAGAGUGUGGAGACAUCGAGGCCACAUGGGGAUGGAAGAACUGUUAUUAUCUAAUGAAAUUUGAUGAAUAUACAACCAAGAUGUGAUAUUACAAAGUCUAAUGUAAAUAAAAAUGUGGGAGCCAUACAGUUGGAGAAUAUAUUUAUAAGUAGUAAAAUUUAAAUAAUAUCAUAGUACAUAUAAUGAAUUUCAAAUAUUGUUAGUAAAAGUACCUUCUAAUCUCCCAGAUGUAGUUAGUUUUUUACUACUAGACAAAUUUCAUUUAUGUACAAAUAAAGAUAUUGGUAAUGUCUAACUUCAGCUAUGAUUAUAUUCUUUGUAUGAAAACAUUCUAUGUAAAUUCAAAUGUAAGAUGAAUUUAUUAAAUUAAGCACAUCAAUUAUGUACUUAUGUGAUGAAUGCAAGUGAAAAUGUUUACCAAAGCCGAGAUGUUAUAUGACACAAUUAUUUAUAAAUGUUUAUUAAAAUGAACUAUAUUAAUGUUUUAUAAAUGUUAUUUAUUCAUUGUAAAAAUCGGUGUUAUCAAAGAAUAAUAAACGUUAUGAGACAUUAAAA